GAGACAGAGAGAGAGAGAGAGAGACAGAGACAGAGAGACAUAGAGACAGAGAGACAUAGAGACAGACAGAGACAUAGAGACAGACAGAGACAAACAGAGACAGAGAGAGACAGACAGAGACAGAGGGAGAGAGACUAACCACUUAAAGCUAACAUUUCAGAUACCAGUCCUAUAGCGAGACAGAGAGAGAGACUAACCAUUUAAAGCUAACCUCUCAGAUACCAGUCCUAUAGCGAGAUAGAGACAGUAGCAGCAGUUACAUUCAUACCUUCAACUUUCAAACCCAGAGGACAGAGGACAGUCAGGAACAAGGGAUUGAGAGCAGUUUACCCCUGCUCAAGAUCCAUCCUCUCCAACCAAGAGAGGAGGGAAACAAUCCAAGGUAGGCAGAGGAAACUGGAGCUGUGUUCAUAAACUCCCAGAGUUGGCAAAGUGCAAGAUGGCAGAGGUUAGCCAACAGAGGAAAGAUGGUCUUCUUCAACCUGGUCCAUCCAGACUUCACCAAGAGGCAGGACCCACUGUGAGAACAUCCACCCAGCCAUCCAUCGCCUCACCCACUCUUCCUUCCAAAGAGGCAUUGUCAGCAUUGUACCAACAGCGACAGAAAGUUGAGCUGCGGAGGCUCCUGAAGCACACCCACCCGGAGCUGAGGAGCCUGGAAAGCCUAGAUGGGGUGGUGGAUCAGGAGCUGGCUGAAGUGCUGUGUUUAGAAACACAGCCGAUAGCUGGCGAGACCGGAUACGAGGGAGAGGUCCUGUCCAGGCGGUUGAUAUUUGAGAACUGUGUACAGAGCAAUACUGUGGAUCCCCACACUUCCAAAAUGCACAUCGCGGAGGGGGCCGGGAAUAGAGUUGGGGCUGAUGUUGGUGUUUGGGGAGACGUGAAGAGAACAUCAGCCUUGUUUGAACUGCCAUGGUAUAAGCAGAACCUUCAGGAGGAGAGGGUUAAAGAAACCACAGACCAGGUGGAGAGGACUGAUGCUAUUCAUGGGGAACUUACUGAGUGUGAGGAGGAGGAGAUGGUCAGGUUGGACGUCCAGUCUGCUAGGAGGCUGUUUGAGAGCCAGCAAGUCGACACCCUGAGGGCCAACCAGGAGGAUGUGACCCUGAACAAGGUUAUCGUGUCAGAGGAUGAGAGGGGAGCUGUUCAGGAGAGAAAACAAGUGUUUGAGACAAGAAGCAGUAAGACAGAUCAGAAAGUGAUCAAAAGCCAAAUUUGUUUUAAAAAUCUUGAUGUGAGUUCUCAGUCUGAGGGAGAAGUACUGGGUGUCGGUGUUAAUAGUGCAGACACUGAGGUUCAGCCACAGCAUGAAGGGUUCUCCACAGUCAAACAAGUCUUUGAGAGAAAGUCACAGUGUGUUUCAAACGCAGAUGUUGAAACUAGUCCAAGAAUUCCAAAGUAUCCGUGUACUUCUCUGCUUGAAAACCAAGCAAUAAAUACAACUGGAAAACCAUCACAUAUGCAGGAACCAAAGCCCCAGAACACUAGUUCACUCCCAGGCGACCUAGCUCCUGACAGAAGGGUCCAGGAGGACAUGUUAGAGUUAGUGGCUAACGUAAGGAACAGAGCUCAAUUGUUUGAGUCCACUCUGUUCGACCUGAUUAACCACCAUAACAGAGAGGAGAUGGAGAUGGUGGCAGAGAGCAUCAAUGAGACAUUGAACUCUCUCUAUCACUUCAACGCCCUCCACUCCCACGGAUCCAUCAUCAAGGCUAGCGAGACAGGAAGUGGUCAGAAGGCUAGGUACAGGCUGACCCCCGGUCUGAGACCAGAGAUAGAACAGGAAAAGGUGGCUGAGGGCAGGGUUAAGAAUUUUAUACUCCAGCUGUUACCCCGGGCAACCCUUAAGCCUCAGGUGGUUUACCUGAAGGAGGACGCGAAGAGGAACGUGGAGGUUACCAUGGUGAUGGUACCUUUCCAUCAGGUGCGUCUGGCUUCAAACCAAGAUAAAGAGUUCAGAACAGCUAACGUUGUCCAGCUCAUUGAGGACAUCCUCAGUCAGGACAGCUCUCUGAGGAAAGGAGUAGUUAUACAGGAGGACGGUCAGGGACAGACUGAGGUCACCGUUUACUCCCUGUACAACGAUUCUGAAGGAGAGGUGGAGAGGUACUACCCCCCACAGGAACAGAGGAUGGAGACCAACGUCCUAGACAUUGCUGCAGGCGAUGAGAUUAAAACUGAGACUGGUGAAGUAAGGAGAGGCGAUGUGAAGUCAACCAUCAGCUGUCUCUUGGCCACCAGUCAGGACCACUCAGCCCCAGCCACUUACAAACCUGAGGUCAAUGUCAUGGGGAAUGUCAAGUUAUUCAGGAGCUGCAUUGAAAAGGGAGAUCUGGAGUAUCUGAAAACCUUGCAGGUCCAGCCAGAUGAGAAGGAACUCCCACUUUGGACUGAUGUUGUAACAGGUGUCUCCACGGAGCCAAAGAUACAUAAUCAACAACAACAACCAGAGGAUCAGGUGGAGCAGAAUGAUCCGGAUAUAGUCCUUAAGAAAAUCUUCUUAGCCAACCAGAGCUGUGCCCAACAGAAUGAGACUAAGGCAGAGAAGACUUCUAAAGCAAUAGUACAGGACCAGCACACCUCUGUGGAGAAGAUAGAGACGUGCUCUGAUUCUGUUAUAAAGACCUCCAUGUCCCAGACAUCCACAGAGCAGCACCAGGAGGAGGAGGAGGAGGUAGUGAGAGGUAAUGUACAGGCAGCGCUCCAAUCUCUGGAGAAGACUAGUGGCGUUAAUGUCAGCCAAGGAGACUUCGAGGCUGCCAUGAUCUGCAGGAAAUCUCCAAAAUCUCAGAAAGGAAGCCAUAAGAAGAAGACUAUUGUGAGGUAUGCUCCCCAACACGGUGAAGUAAAGACUGGGACUCUGACUGAAGCUCAACCAGCCCCUUCAGUAGUGAUGAGUGAAGGACAAGCCAUCUCUGUGAAGAGCAGUGACAUUGUAGUAGAUGUCCAGCAGACCUCUGUGCAGAAGGAAGAGACAAGCUGUAAUUCUGUUAUAAAGAUCUCCACAUCCCACUCCUCUAUCACCUCAGAACAUGAACCUACACCCUGCCGCCUCAAGACCGAAGAGGCUAGCUGUGCUGCUACGUCUUCUGAAGAACUACAAAAUGCAGAAGCCUUGAGUGUGGAGGUCCAAGAGGGCACUGAGGUGGUCCAGAGAGGACACUUAAAAGCUGCCAUGAAGUCUUUACAGAGUGCUACAACAGAGGAGGAGGAAGAGGAGAAGGAGGAGGUACUGAGAGGUAAUCUACAGGCAGCGCUUCAUUCUUUAGAGAAGACUAGCGGCGUUAACGUCAGCCAAGGAGACUUCAAGGCUGCCAUGAUAUACAGGAACUCUGGGAAAUCUACAUUUCAAAGCCAAAAGAAGAAACCUGAUAUGAGUAAUGUUCCAAAACACACUGAAUUAAAGACUGGAUUUCUGACUGAAGCUCAACCAUUCUCUUCAGUAGCGAUGAGUGAAGGAGAACAGGUGGCCACCAAGGAGCUGAGAGUAGCAACUGCAAAACCCCCCAGCCCAGACCAAACCACAAAUAAACUAGCUACAGCCUCCACUUUGAAACAUGAAUCUCAGACUUGCUCUCAAUCUCUAGCUCCCUCAAAGAAAAAGAAAAGACCUGUUGGCCCAAAACCUGGUCUUCUGCCGAAACCAGCAGUUCCUCCUAAACCAGGUCUUCUGCCGAAACCAGCAGUUCCUCUUAAACCAGGUCAGAUGACAGGAAGAACAGCUAGUCAGUCAACAGAGACAGAGGUACAUAUCAGUGACAGCCACACCAUUUCUAUAAGAACUACUAGUAGUAUUUCUAGUAUUGCUAGUACUAACAGUACUCAACCGAAAGAGUCAACCAAAAGUCAAACAAAAGAGUCAAACAAAAGUCAAACAAAAGAAUCAACUAAAUGUCAACAGAAAGAAUCAACCAAAACUCAAUCAAAAGAAUCAACCAAAUCAAAGGAAUCAAAGAAAUCAACUAAAAGUCAAUCAAAAGAAGAGCAACCUCCCCAAACAUUCACUAUCAAACCAAAGUCCUACGCAGAUGCCCUUUGCAGAGGCUUACAACAGACAGAUAGUGUUCCAGAGGCACACCAGAGUAGGUACGUAUCUGAGAGGCCAGCUGGGAGCUCAGUAGGAACAGCUGAUACUGGGGCUGCCGAGGCCACCCAACACACUGGUGAUGCAACCCAACUCAAUGAGGAAAUGACAUUAAACCAGGAAGUUCAAGGGUCUGAGCUCAUCCCUCAGAGACAGACUAGUUUUACCUUGGUUCCAGUGGAGGAGAGCAACACUAAGUCAUCACAGGAAAGGACUCCUACAGAGCAGGGACAGGGACCCCAGGGGGCCCUAAAGGACAAAGAGAAGGUCAAUGAGGACUUCAUAGGGUUUCAAGCAGCACUUCAGAACUUUGGAGGGAAGAGUAAAGCCCCUGUGAAACCUAAACAAGUGAAGAUGACCCAGAGUGAAGAGAACCAGAAACACACCUCUCUCACAGUUACACACACUGCUGUGGGACAGCAAGCCAGUGACCCUUCUCAGCCUCAACCAUGCAGUAAACCAGAGAACAACAUCCAGAAAGAAGAGAAGGAAAACACAGUGGUAAUGAGGGAGAAGAAAGCGGAGAUGGAAGCAGAGACAGAGGAUGAGCGUGGCCAGAGGCUGUCGGUCCACAUGGAUAAGAUCAUGAGGGGUAACGUGACCAUGGCCAUGGAGAUCUUUGACAACCUGAGGAAGCAGAAGGAGCUGAAAGAGAUCUUGACCUGGGUGGAGGAGGUGGAGGAAGACACCAGCCAGGUGGACGUCAGGGCCCUCAGGAACAUUUUUGAGAAUAUACCUGAUUGGGUCGUUGCCCCAAGAGACAAGAGACAACGUAAACAACAACAACAGACCAAGGUGGAACAGAAGAUCUCAGAAGUCAAGAGAUCAGAGACGCUGAAAGAUGAUACUGAGACCUCAAUGUCCUCCAUGGCUCUUGUGUUCGGAAAUCUGGAGAGAGCAAGUGAGGAGAUCAUGAACCUGAAGGAGCAGACUUUAGCCAGACUGAUGGACAUAGAAGUGGCCGUUAAGAAGGCUUUGUACUCUGUGUCCACUCUUAAGUCAGACUCUGAUAUCGCUGUUCUGUCUGGCCUGUUUAAGGAGUCCCUAAAGGGGACAGCAGCCCAGACCCAAGGCUCCACUAGCAACAUCAGCACUAUCAGUACCGGCUCCAGCAGCAGAGCUAAGACGGCUCCGGGAAAGGACAGCCCUACCACUAAGACACAAAUAGACCCAGGUCUGCCAGCUGAUGAGGGACCUGUCAUUAAGUCCCAGAGCAGUCCUCCAUCCUCCUUCAUCUCCAUCCAGUCUGCAACCAAGCAGGAGUCAGAAGACAGACAACAGGAGUCUGCAGACAGACAGAAGGGUUCUGCAGCCAGACAACAGGAGUCUGCAGCCAAGCAGGAGUCAGAAGACAGACAACAGGAGUCUGCAGACAUACAGAAGGGUUCUGCAGCCAGACAACAGGAGUCUGCAGACAGACAGAAGGGUUCUGCAGCCAGACAACAGGAGUCUGCAGACAGACAGAAGGGUUCUGCAGCCAGACAACAGGAGUCUGCAGCCAAGCAGGAGUCAGAACACAGACAACAGGAGUCUGCAGACAGACAACAGGAGUCUGCAGACAGACAGAAGGGUUCUGCAGCCAGACAAAAGUCCUCCCUGCAGCCUCCACUGUGCUCAGCCUGUCAGCUCAGCCUGAAGUGUCGCCCUUCUGGUAGCCCUUGUAGCAGAAGCCCUCUCAAUCAGAAACAUCAGGUCAGCGUACUCGAAGUGAAGAUAGCCCCAGAGUGGAGUGAGGUCGUCGACACUAAGACAGUUAGGGAGAACUAGGAGAAGACAGAUCAGUUUGGCAAAAAGGUCUACUCCACCAAGACAUUCACUGUGGUGAUUCAGCAGACACCAGCACCUCUCCCAGGGGUUAGGUAGUGACCACCAGUCCAACCAGGUAUUGGGUAGGUCAAGGUCAUCUUGCCUAUCAACAAACCGUCACCGCCUUUUUAAAAAUGGUGCUUGCAACGGCAAGGGCAGUGGGUUCGAUUCCCGCUGGGGCCACCCAUACAAAAAUGUAUCUACUCAAGUCGCUUUGGCUAAAAUGGCAUAUCUUAUUAUCUGUUUGAAUGAAUGAGAAAGGACACUUCAGGUUUUAAAAAAUUAAUUAAAAAAAUGACAGUCAGGAAGACAAGAUUUUUUAAAGUGUGUGAUUUCAUGAAACAUUUGUUUGGAUAGAAUUGUAAUAAAAUGUUGUUUGUAUAUUCUCUUGUUCAGCUGCCUAUUAUCUGUCCUGCUUAUCAACAACAAACUGGAUCUCCCCCCCGCCCACACACACACACACCUCGCCCCUCUCCCUGAGGAGUUGUUCUUGCCAAAGCUACAACUGCAAUAAGAGUCAGAACUCUUUCUUUCCUCUUUCCAAACAUAACAAAAACACGAGAUGAAAUUCAGAGGACAUUCAUUGUUUUCAGUCAUUAAACAUGAGAUGAAAUUCAUAGAGGUCAUACAUUGUUUUCAGUCAUUAAACAUGAGAUGAAAUUCAGAGGACAUUCAUUGUUUUCAGUCAAUAAACAUGAGAUGAAAUUCA